UUGUUUGUGUACGUGUAAAGAAGAAGCUAAAAAACAGAGUCGGUUAAAAGGCGAAAGAAAGGAAGUAUAAACUUUGCCGCAGCGCAAAGGCGAAUCUUCCCGAAGAUUUCCCCUCGCCGGCCCUUCUUCCAGCCUUCUCCCUCUCUACCCGAAUUUUGACAGUCAUGCAGCUAUAUCAUCAUCCAUACUCCAUGGAAAGCCAGAAAGUGCGGCUAGCAUUGGAAGAGAAAGGAAUUGAUUAUACAUCAUACAAUGUUAACCCUCUAACAGGAAAGAACAUGGAUGCCUCAUUCUUUCACAUGAAUCCAUCUGCAAAACUUCCUGUCUUUCAAAAUGGUGCCCACAUCAUUUUUCGAGCCAUUGAUAUAGUUCAGUACAUAGACAGACUUGCGGUCUCUCUAAAUGGUGAGGAUAAACCCAUUAGUAGUGAAGUUAUGGAAUGGAUGCAAAAGAUCGAAGGUUGGAGUUCAAAGAUAUUCACCCUUUCUCAUGUCCCUGACAAGUGUCGCCUAUUUGUUUCCAAAUUUGUUCGGCGAGUGGUGAUUGCUCGCAUGGCUGAAGCUCCUGAUCUGGCCAGUAUGUAUCAUCUGAAACUUCAAGAGGCCUAUGAUACUGAAGACAAAGUGAAGAAUCCUGAUAUUGUGAAACAGAGCGAGGAAAAACUGGCUGAACUUCUUGAUAAUGCAGAAAUGCAACUGAAUGAGACAAAAUAUAUCGCUGGCGAUGAAUUCACCAUGGCUGAUUCCAUGUUUAUUCCAGUGCUGGCUCGUAUAACUCUUCUAAAUCUGGAAAAGGAGUACAUCAGUUGCAGGCCAAAUAUAGCAGAGUACUAUAACUUGGUGAAGCACAGACCUAGUUAUAAAGUGGUCAUUGGAAAGUAUUUCUCAGGAUGGAGAAAGCACAGGACAUUUAUGAAGACCUUGUUCUUUCUUGGCAUAAGAAGUUUGUUUAGAAGGUACUAGAUAUUGGUACUACCAAAGGUUGUUUGGGAGAAGCAUCUGAAGGCGACUGCUUGAAGGAAAAAGAAAAUGUAUAAUAGAAGCAAGAGUUGGAAUAUUAGUGAUAUGUGUUCCUCUAAUAUUUUUUGAAGGAACUUUUUGAAUAAUAAACCAAGGGUGUUCUUAAUGAGGUCAGAUCCAGUUGGUUAGAUUGACUUGCUCUCUAGUGGAUUGCAUGGUUUUGCUGCUGCUCUCUCCUUAAAUUGUGUUUUUAUAUUCCAUGUAUGCGAAAAAUCAUCCUUUUGUAUAAUGAUGUUUUUUCUUCUUUCUUGAGAUGUGUCUCUUGCAAAGGUGGCAAUUGUGUUGCUAUGUAUUUUCUUGAAGAGUUUGUUUGUAAA